AUGAAUGCAGAAAACAAUAAGAGACGCCCAGAAGACGAAAAUGUCUCUGUAGAGGAGGCUGCUACCUUGAAAAAAGUUAAGAAUUUACAUACGCAUAACCGCGAAUAUACCACUGUUUUAGUUAAGAACUUGCCUCCAAAUUAUAAUCAUCAUAAGGUUAGAAGAUAUUUCAAAACUUGUGGUUCGAUAUUACAAAUAGAUGUUACAGAUUCAACAGAUGGGGAUUCAAAAUUGGCAAGGAUUGAAUUUAGUUCCUAUGAUCAAGCCCUAACAGCAGUGAGCAGGACUUUGAAAAAGAUUGGCUUCCAUCAGAUAACUGUCGAACAGCUAACAGAUUCUACGAUUUGGGUCACCAAUUUUCCACCUGGGUAUGAUGCCAGCAAGCUUCGAAAUUUACUAUCGCAGUACAUUGAUUCACCAAUUUUGAGUAUUAGAUUGCCGUCCUUAGCGUUCAAUUCAAGAAGAAGAUUUGCAUAUGUUGAUUUAGUUUCUCCAGAAGUGGCAAAGAAAGCUACAAAUAGGCUCAAUGGGAUAGAGAUCAACAAUUAUAAAUUAGUAGCGAAAAUAUCGAAUGUCAACGAACGAACUGAAAGGACUGACAAUGCCAUAUCGGAUGGUAGAGAGAUAAUAGUUAAGAACCUUCCAGAUGAUAUUACCAUCGAUGAUUUGAUAAAGAUGUUCAAUGAGUUUGGUGAUACAGAAAAAGCUAGAAUAGUAACUGGUGAUGAAACAAACCCUGGACGACAUUCCAGAUAUGCGUUCAUAACAUUCAAAAACAAAGCGAGUGCAGAUAAUGCUUUGUCAUUAAAUGGAGCGGUAAUGAACGGUAAGCCAUUACACGUUUCAAAAGUUAUGAGAAAGGCUUAUCUAGAAAGACAAGAGGUGAAGCGUCUGCUUGCUUCCAGAAAAGAAAACCCAAAAGUUGUCGGAAUAUACCCAUUGUCUGAUCAGAUUACCCCAGAUCAAAUUCUUGCUUUCAUUACGGAGAAAGCUCAAAUUAGACCUCCGGAUAUUACGAAGGUUUUGCUGGUCUCUGAUCAUGAAGGUGCUUUAAUAAUAGCGGACAAAGAAGCAAUUACCGCAAAAGUUUCACUUGCAAUCAAUGGAUACAAGUUCAAGAACCGAAUUUUGAAAUGUGUUUCUGCUCAUGAACUUUCCCUUCAUUAUCCCAAUGAACACAAAACAACCUUGAAUCAACCAAAGCACGCUGUUGUAAAGGAAAUUAAAUCACAGCAAGCGUCACAAAAUGACAAAAAGUUGAGCAAUGAUGACUUCAGAAAAUUAUUUCUAUCUAAAUAA